AUGCUGGACAUAUGUUUAUGGGGGGUGUCUGCUGUCGCCGAAGACACCGUGGACAUGAGUGGCAAGAGCAUCGAGAAAGCAUCUUUCUGGUAUACCAGGAUGACUGCUCACGCUCUUUUCAGCGGUGACUCGGAGGGAGCAGUGCGAAUCCUCAAAGACGCCAGCAAGACGCAUCCCGAGCUUCUUUUCGUUUCACUCGCUCUUCAACUUGCCAGCAAGGGAGACCGGGACGUGGCGGCAGAGAAACUGGACUUUGAUGAGGCCGUCGCUGCAAAGACGGACCCCUACCUUCGCGCAAUCUCAUCCUACAUUGCAACUGGCGACUGGGCAACUAUAGCGAACCAAAGAUCUCUACCCCUGCGCGACCGCACAUUCGUAGCUGUGCGCAACUUCGAUGACGACCACCUGACUCAAUGGCUAGCUGCCGAAGUCGAAGAGGCCAUCAGCGAAGGCGAUAUCGAGGGUAUCGUACUGACAGGUAUCACGGAGAAGAUGGUCGACAUCCUGGCCAAAUACGUCGAGAAGUUCCACGACACACAGACUGCCACGCUCAUCAUGUCCUUCUGCGCGCCCCGCUACAUAGACGACUACAGGUGCACAGCAUGGCGCAACGCGUACCGUGCGUACCUGCAGCGCCACAAGGCCUUCUACCAGCGCACCAAGUUCGAGGUCGAGAGCACUAAGCGCAGCAAGCGUGACGGGCGCCCGACGAUCAAGCCGCCCUCGCGACAGAUCGCGCUGCGCUGCGUCUACUGCGAUGCUGAGACCUCCCUCCUGCGCGCCUCACCGGCCGCGCCCCUCACCGGCGGUCCAGCGUCCGCGUCGAUCCCUGGGCCCUUCCACAACGGCCGUGGCGUCGUUCACAACCCGUAUACUGAGAAGAUGGCGACACCGGGCAUUGCCUGCCCCAACUGCAAGAGGCACCUGCCGCGGUGCGUCGUCUGUCUCGAGGUCGUGGGUAUUCCCAGGUCAGAUACUCCGGCGGCUGCGGCUGACCCCGAGGCGACGAAGCUCGCCUCGCGGUUCCCUACCUUUUGUCUAAAGUGCGAGCAUGUCCUGCACCUGGACCACGCGAGGCAAUGGUUUGCGCGACACAAUGAGUGCCCUGUCCCAGAGUGCCGGUGUCGGUGUAAUUUCAGGGCGAACCCGGAGUUGAAUUACCGUUGA